AUGUGCGAGUGGAUUAGGAAAUAUCUAAUGAAUAAGUGUAGCCAAUCUACUUUGAAACUUGAUAAAUGGCCACACAAAAUCAUGUCAAUCCCUAGGAGGAGAUUAGAUGUUGAGCUAGCUAUGAGUGGUCAGUGGUUACCAACUUGGGCAAUGGGGGAAAAUUUUCAAGUCACACAUUCUUUUAACAACCAAGAAUUUAUAGUUGACAUAGCUAAAAGGUCAUGCUCAUGUAAUUUUUGGCAGCUAGUUGGUAUACCCUGUAGGCAUGUUGUUGCUGCCCUAGGCUUUAGACAACAAAAUCCAGAAUUGUUUGUUCAUGAAUGUUAUAGCAGGGAGAAAUAUGCUUUAUGGUAUGGUUUUCCUAUUAGUCCUAUAGAUGGACAAGACAUGUGGCCUAUAGUUGAAAGUGAAGAUCUCUUGCCUCCUGACUUCAAAAAGGGUCCUGGUAGACCAAGGAAAUUGAGGAUUAGGGAGACUGGAGAGGAAGGUGCUAGGAGGAGGCUACCUGGUGUGUCUUACAGGUGCACUAGAUGUGACAAGAUUGGACAUAAUAUUAAGUCAUGCAAGAGCAAGGUGCAAGAUCCAAGUGCCUUGAAAAGAAAGAAAAAAGGACAAUUGAGAACUGCUACUAAUGCAAGUGCAGUCACUCCAAGUGCUAGUGCAGUCAACACAAAUGAGGUCAAUGAGGUCAAAGCAAAUGUGGUCAAUGAGGCCAAUCCAAAUGAGGUCAUUACAAGUGAGGUCAACAUAAAUGAAGGCAAUGCAAGUGAGGGCAAUCCAAGUGAAGGCAAUGCAAGAGAGGGCAAUCCAAAGGAAGGCAAUGCAAGAGAAGGCAAUCCAAGUGAAGGCAGGCCAAGAGAAGUCAAAAUCAGUAAAGUCAAUCCAAGUGAAGUGAAGACAAGUAAAGCCAAACCAACUCCAGCUGAAGUCAGUGCCAAAAACAAAGGAAAAGCUUAA